UAAAUGUAUAGACGGUCGAUGUAUAUUUACACAAUUAUCCCAUUUUAAUUCUUUAAGCUGGAGAAUGUUAAAGAAAAAGAACCUAAGUGCUCUUUAGAAUAAGAUAUACAUAGAGAGAACAUUAAAUAAUAAUGUGGAUCUUUACAAUUAUUGCGGAAGAUUGGUUUGUGCGUGUUUUGGGCUAGGAUAUAAUUGAAUCGAACAGUCGAUAAUUCGGUGUAUAAAUAUUUAAAAACGUUGUAACAGACAGUUUGCAAUAUCUAUACGAUUGUUAGAUGAAGGCGUAUUAUUUGUUGAGCAUUUUGGACUGGUGGCAUGUAUUUAUAUAAAAUAUAUAUGAAAACAUAUGUUGGUUGUUCCAUAAAUAAUUAACGUUGGAUACAACUCUCAUUAUUGGAUCUAAAUAAUUUUCGAAAGGUUCGGAGCCAAUAUAAUAUCGGUGAUAAAUUGUUUUGUUAACAAGAAUAUAUAAAGACCGCUCUCGGAAUAAAUAUACGCAACCAUUAACGUUACCAUGGAGGUUGCUAUGCGAACAGACGUGACGUUACGCGAGGAGUACGUGUUGAAACUCUGGGAUACGUACAUUAACGAGAACUUGGUGCAAUCAACGCCUUGCAAGGCGGCCAUUUAUGACGCCUGCUCACUAAGACUGAUAAUCGCCAGCGACGGAUUCUAUCUCCUUAACAACGAGAUUCACAACAUUUCUGAAGGAAUGAGGUACCCAGAGGUAGCGUAUAGAAACGGUAUUGACAUUCAAAGCCGCCAUUAUGACGUCAGGUUAGCCGACGGCAGAAACGGCAUCUACGCUAGAGAUGGAUCAGACGGCUGUACCGUGUGCAAGACGUCCACGUUGUUGAUAGUCGGCGUUAGUGACAACAAAGUUAAAAGUGAAGAAAGUAAUGAGCAGAUAAUGAAACUCGGGGAUUACUUUAGAAAAAUUGGAUUGUAGUAUCGGAACGAUUCGUUCUGUUUGUAACUGUAGAUAUCAAGAUUAUUCUUUUAAAAUCGUGUGUAAGAAGACCACAUAGUUAGCUAAUAAUCUAUAGGAACAUGAUUGCUGGCGGAAAAAAAACAAUCAGACUGAAAGAUGAAUAAUAUAACGAAAUCAUAUACCGCUAAUCCAAUUAUCAUACAAUUAUUUGAGGAGAGUUCAUGCCUGAAUGCUGGGUUCCAUAGUAUGAAAUGUAGAACUUUUAAUUGUAUUAAAUGAACCAGUAUUAAACCUU